AUGUUUGAUACCUUUAGUUCAGUCUCCAGUCUAGAUAUAAACUGGGGUAAAUCGGUGCUACUCCCAUUGGAUGAAGAAAUAGAGACAUCAGUGGAGAAACUCAAGAUCCUUAACAAAUCAGAAAAUUUUACGUACCUGCAGAAGGUACUCUUUUGUGUUGUUCUUCUGGCCUACAUCAUUUGUGUUUUUGGAAACUUUACCAUUAUUCUUUUAGUUACGUCCGAGCCUUCUCUUCAUUCUCCAAUGUACUUCUUCAUCAGUAUAUUUACUGUUUUAGAUAUAAUGAUAGUCUCAGUGACAAUUCCAAAAUUGCUAGUGAUUCUUAUUCAGACUAAAAAGACCAUCUCCUUCUUUGGUUGCUUUGUCCAAAUGUAUGCCUUUAAUGCCCUUGGAGAAACAGAGUGCUUUCUUCUAGCGUUAAUGGUGUUUGAUCGAUAUCUAGCCAUUAAUAAUCCAUUACGUUAUUCGGCUGUAAUGAACAGUCGACUCUGUCGUAGACUGGCUGCCUUGCCAUGGUUUCUUGGUUUUAUUACCUCUUUCUUUCCCACAAUUUUUACUUUUUCAAUGGACUUCUGUGGACCCAAUGAGGUUGACCAUUUCUUCUGCGACUUUGCACCACUGCAAAGUCUAGCUUGUUCAGACCCAUUUAUUAGUAAUUUGACAACCAGUUUGGCAGCUGUUGUUGCAACUGUUUUACCCUUUUUUGUUGUAUUAGGGCUCUACAUUCACAUCAUAUACACUGUGUUGAAAAUUGACAAAACCGGGAGUAAAACAAAAGCUUUUUCAACUUGCUCGUCCCAUCUCAUUGUAGCAUCCCUGGCUUAUGGGUCGGCUAUUGUUGUGUAUGUCAGGCCUAAAGGCAGUCACUAUAACAAGUUCCUUGCCCUCACGUACACGGUGGUUACACCCAUUUUAAACCCCUUUAUUUAUACUUUUAGAAAUAGAGAGAUAAAGAAGGCAUUGAGAAAAGUAACUAACCAAGCCAUCAUGCUAUGUCAUUGUUAA